AUGCGGCGACAGGCGAGUCGUGUUCCCACACGGCACUCGCCGGAAUCUUUGGGCCACAAAGCACCCACCGGCCGAGAGAUGAACCACAAUAUGCUACGUCCGAUCAAAUACACCGAACACCGGGAUGUUACAAAGAAAAUCACUAAGCCACCCAUAGUGAAGCAUAAGAGGUUUUCCGAUAACCGGAAAGUUUUGGAAUACAACUCCGGUAUUCCAAGGUCUGUACGGAUAUCGGUUACUGACCCUGAUGCCACAGACUCCUCGAGUGAUGAAGAAGAUGAGCUUUUUGGGCGACACAGAGUGAAGAAGUAUGUGAAUGAGAUUAAUAUCGAAAUUGCUAGCAAAAGCAGUGUGAUUGUAGAUAAUAGGAAGAAGGUAAUGGGAGAGAAAUUUCAGGGUAAACGGAAGCCGACGAAGGAAACACCGGCGGGUAAUGUUAGGAAGUUUCGUGGAGUCCGGCAACGGCCGUGGGGGAAAUGGGCGGCGGAGAUCAGAGACCCGGCGAGACGUGUAAGGUUGUGGUUGGGUACUUACGACACCGCCGAGGAGGCUGCUAUGGUCUACGACAAUGCUGCUAUUAAGCUCCGUGGACCGGACGCUUUAACCAACUUCACCAUACCUCCACUUCAAGGAAAACGAGAGAUUAACAUGACGUCAGUUUCAGGCUACGAAUCCGGUGAUGAGUUUCGCAAUCUAUCAUCUCCGACUUCGGUUCUACGCUUCAGAACCAGUCAGUCCAGCGAAGAAACUGAACAACAGAGCCGGUCUGAACCAGUUCAAAAUGAUGGAGUGAAAGAAGCUGAAGAGUAUCAAUCAGUUGCAGCUCCCAUGGAGUUUCAACCAGUUCAUGAACCGGAUUCGGGUCCUCAACCGGGCCAAGAAGAUGAAGAGUUUCAGGGUGAAACGGAUUCAUCAGUAGAUUACUCCAGUGAAUUUUUGCCAAUGGAUACACCAUUUUUAAACGAUCUCUUCAAUUUCAAAUCUCCAGAUCCAAUACAGUUCGAUGAGGAACCCAUCUUCUCCAAUAACUUCUUCACUGAAGAUUUUAGCUCACCAUUUAAUGACCUCUCGGUUUUUCCCAAUAAAUUCCUGAGUGAUGAAGAUAUGGGCAUGUUCAACGACUCAGUUCAUAAUCUUGGAUCAUCGUCUAUGUUGGAGGUGGAAGAUUUUUUUGGAGACUUCACCUCCGACGCUUUAAUGGCGCUAUGA